AAAGUACCACUCUAAAUUUCGAGCCAAAACUGGUCGAGAGGUAGAAAUUACCAUGAUUUAGGAAAGUUUCGAACCAGCUGUAUGGCAUUCGCAAUUUUCUCUAUUGUUUAUUGUUUUUGCCUCCUAAAAAAAUACAUUUAUUCCAUAAACUCCGCUCACCCUCAUAAGGUUGCAGAGGCUUCCAAUCUUGGUUUCCUGCACUCUCUUUGUUUCCCCGCCCUCUUGUCAUCUCUCUUGUAUUCAAAGAACAGAAAAAAACAUGGAUGCAGCCAUGGUUGGAGAAGCACUUCUUGGCGCUGUAGUUGGAGUGCUGGUUGACCGUAUGGCUUCCAAGGAGUUCAUCAACUUCUUCCGGGGUCGAAAGCAUGACGAAAGGCUCCUCAAGAAGCUAGAGGAGACCAUGGUUGAACUCAAUAAGGUGCUCAAUGAUGCAGAGAACAAGCAGUUCACUGAUCAACGUGUGAGACGUUGGUUAGACGAGGUUAAAGAUGCUGUCUACGACGUCGAAGACCUGGUGGAUGAGAUCGCUACCGAGGAUUUGCGGAGCAAGGCGGAAGCCUAUUACCCAAGAGGCAAAAAAAGGUUACGAGAUAAUUCCCUGAUCUCGACUUUCGCUCGGUGUUUCGACCGUGGUGGUACGAAGUACUCCAAGUUAGAGGAAAUGAUCGGCGAGUUAGACCAAUUCGUCGGGAAAGCUAAAGACGUACUUGGUUUGAGAGAAGUUGCUGGACGGUAUUGGUCCCAAACCAGGUUGCCAUCCACUUCUGUGGUGGAUGAAUCCUGCGUUUAUGGACGGGAGAAUGACAAGGAAGAGAUAAUGAAAUUGUUGCUCUGUGAUGGAGAAAGUAGUAACGGGCUAGAUGUGAUCCCGAUUGUCGGGAUGGGUGGGGUGGGCAAGACCACCCUUGCUCAACUUGUGUACAACGAUGGCAGAUUGAAUGGGCGCUUUGUUAAGAAAGCAUGGGUAUGUGUCUCUGACGUAUUUGAUAUUUCAAGGGUCACACUAGCAAUUGUUGAGGCAGUCACUGAGAAGGCUUGUGAUACAAAGGACCCAAACUUGCUUGCGCUCAAGCUGAAGGAAUCAUUGAGUGGGAAAAAGUUUCUUAUUGUUUUGGAUGACGUUUGGAACGAGAACUAUGACAAUUGGAACGCUUUGAUGACUCCAUUCAGAUUUGGAGCACACGGGAGUAAGAUUAUUGUUACAACACGCAACGACGGUGUUGCGUCUAUCAUGCAAACAGGCAUUCCUAUUCAUCGUUUGCAUGAAUUACCAGAGGAAGAUUGUUGGGAGUUGUUUUCCCAACAUGCAUUUGAGAAGGGAGAUUGCAAUCAACAUCCUAACCUUGAAAGGAUUGGUAGGAAAAUAGUGAGAAAAUGUAAAGGCUUGCCUUUAGCCGCAAAAACACUGGGUGGUCUUUUGCGCACCCAACGAGAUGUUAAGGAUUGGAAUAAUAUACUGGAAAGUGCCAUAUGGGAAUUAUCAGAGGAGAAGAGUAACAUCCUUCCAGCCUUAAGAUUGAGCUAUCAUUAUCUCCCCUCCCAUUUGAAAAGAUGUUUUGCUUUCUGUUCCAUAUUUAUUAAGGAUUAUGAAUUCGACAUGAAGGAAUUAGUCUCAAUUUGGAUAGCAGAAGGUUUUUUGGUGAAGUCCAAGAAUAAUAAGAUAGUGGAAGAACAAGGUUAUGAGUGUUUCCGGGAAUUGCUUUCAAGGUCAUUUUUUCAGAGAUCAAAUGCGAAUAAUUCUUUGUUUGUCAUGCAUGAUCUUUUUCAUGAUUUGGCUCAAUACGUGAUGGGAGAUUUCUGUUACAGGCUAGAGGAUGGCAAGCCACACGGUAUUGCUGAAAAGGUACGUCAUUUCUCUUACGUUCCACGUAGAUUUGUUGGCUUUGAGAUGUUUGAGGAAAUUAGGGAGGCCAAGUGCUUAAGAACUUUUCUACCAUUAAAGCAUAGAUAUUAUUCGAAGUCGUUGAGCAAGAAGUGGUUGAGCAAAAAGGUCGUGGAUGAGAUUUUGCCAAGAUUGACCCGCUUACGACUGUUAUCGCUGAGGAAUUGCGGGAUUAAGGAAUUGCCUCAUUCAAUUGGCGAUUUGAUACAUCUACGCUUUUUGGACCUUUCUCAGGCCCAAAUCAAAGAGUUGCCAGAAUCAGUUUGUACGCUUUAUAACUUAGAAACAUUGUUGUUAGUUGAUUGUGGUCAUCUUACAACUUUACCUGGAGAUCUUGUAAAACUGAUUUCAUUGCGUCAUCUUGAUUUAACCGGAACUAACAUAAAAGAGAUGCCAGUGAAUAUAAGUAGGUUGAAAGAUCUCCAACAAUUAACUGUUUUUGUAGUAGGAAAGUGCACAGUUAUUAGCGAGUUGGGAGAGUUCCAUUGCCUUCACGGGACAAUCUCCAUCUCAGGGUUGCAAAAUGUAAAGAGUGGUAACGAAGCAAAGGAAGCAAAGAUGCGUGAGAAAAAGCACCUUGAUAAGCUAGCGUUGGAAUGGUUUGGCUCUACAGAGGAUUCACAGAAUGCAAGAGAUGUACUUGAAAAACUGGAGCCACAUACAAAUUUGAAGCAUCUUGCGAUAAAAAACUAUGGAGGCACAAGAUAUCCUACUUGGUUAGGAGAUCAGUUGUUUUGCAAUAUGGCGUCUUUACGUCUGGAUAAUUGCAACAAUUGCUUUUCCUUGCCGCCACUUGGUCAACUGCCCUCUUUGAAGGAGCUAACCAUUGCAUCGAUGCCGGGAAUAACGAACGUGGGCCAUGAGUUUUAUGGGGAUAGUGGUUCUUUAAACAAACCGUUUCAAUCUCUGGAGACUCUUCUUUUUAAGAAAAUGUCAAGGUGGGUGAAUUGGUGUAUAUUAGACGCUGGAGAGUUCUCUCAGCUUAAAAAGCUUGAGGUAAUCAAUUGUCCCAAGCUCAGACACUUACCGACCAAGUUGCCUUCUCUGGUGGAACUUAAAAUACCGAACUGCCCAAAACUUGUGGCUUCACUUCCGAACACUACUUCUAUACGCCGGCUAGAGUUACAGGAAUGCCAAGGGAUGCAGUUGCAGUGGCAAGGUGUUUCUUCUGUAGAAGACCUGACGAUUUCAGGCUUUGCAAGUUUGGAGGAAUUUCCAAGCGAGCUGGUAACACUAACAAAUCUGAAGUCCCUAAGUGUAUGGAAUUGUCCAAGGCUAUAUGUCCCACUAUCUGACGAGAUGAGCCACUGUAAUAUGUUGCUUGAAAGUUUGAGCUUGCAAAGGUGUGAGAGUCUCAAAUCCAUCCCACUAGGUUUAUUCCCAAAGCUUCGAUCUCUAGAAAUUGUGGGUUGCAAAAAUAUGUUAUCUUUUCCCGGCCGUGGAUUACCUGCUUCAAAUCUGAAGGAUUUAUUGGUCAUGGAUUGCGAGAAACUGAAGGCUCUGCCAGAACAAAUGCACACCCUCCUCCCAUCUCUCGAGAUUUUAACAUUAAUUUCUUGUCCAGAAAUUGAGUCUUUCCCGGAAAGGAGUCUGCCCUCCAAAUUAUAUUUUUUAACUAUCCAUAGUUGCAAGAAACUUAUUGGUGGCCGAAGAGAUUGGGGUUUGCAAGCACUACCCUCUCUCACAAUGUUUUCGCUGAAUGGUGAAUCUGAAGAUGUGUUGGAGUCGUUCCCCGAGGAGGGGCUGCUGCCCCCCACUCUUACAUAUCUCGGCAUCAAAGAUCUGCGGAAUCUCAAAUCACUCAACGAAAUGGCCCUUCAACCUCUUGUCUCUCUCAAACGCAUGACAAUUGCCGAUUGCCCUCAGCUCCAAUCCUUAUCGGUGGAGAGGCUUCCCACUUCCCUCUCAGAGCUGGAAAUUCAGGACUGUCCAUUGCUGAAGCCUCGUUGCCGCAGGGAGGAAGGAGAAGACUGGCAUAAGAUUGCUCACAUCCCUCUUGUAACCAUCGAUGGUGAACCAAUCAUGGACUAAUUCUAUCUACGAUAUGUGGCCAGGGAAAACCAAAGCUUCCAACUCAGGUAUUUCAUUCCAUUUCGAAUACUUCCAAGAAAAAUUCGACAUGUCAUUAUUAUUUCAUUCCAUUCAUCUUCUGUGAUUCUUCUUUGCUUAAUCUUUUUUUGAACUUCGGAUUAGGCGAAGACCGCAACUCUCCAACGUUCUUGGUUUUCAAUUUCCUGAGUUUGGAAGUUAGCUGAUUGAUAACAAACGGCUGGAGCAUGUACACCUGUGCAGAUUUGAUCUCAUCUUUCUUCAGCAUGUGCGCGUUGUAUUAUUUUCUGGCUUGGAAAUUAUAGUUAUCUAAAUAGUGAUGGGAAUGUUGACAAAGAUUUUUUUUUUCAAAAGAUGAACAAAAUGUUUCUUAAUUGUAUAAAUCAAAGUAGAAUCGCCUUUCAAUUGGUCCCAUGGUGGUGCAUUCCACUUGGUCAAGUGCUGAACUACAUAAGGUCUGAAAUUUCUGUUGAAGAAACCUGAAGGUCUAACUGAGUAAUGUAUUUCAGAAUAUUUUGGACCACCUUCCCUUGAGUGGUUUAGCCAAAGACGUUAGAAUUUUUCACUUGCAUUUUGCAUUCCACUUGAUUUUGUUGCAUCACUUCCUAUUAUAAACUACUUUGUCCUUCUGUAUACUGAACAGAUAUUUUGGACCCUUCCCUUGAGUGGUUUAGCCAAAGAAUAUCAUUUUUUUGGAAGUGAUGCAUAUGUGCUAGACUUAACAGAUGUUUAUAGAUGCACAUGAACCCGAAAUACAACGCAGACAGAUUCUCUUGUGGAAACUCAGAAUUUAUGCAAUCACUAUCAUUUUUUGGAAGUGAUGCAUAUGUGCUAGACUUAACAGAUGUUUAUAGAUGUACAUGAACCCUACACUGUUUUUUCAUAGUAUAGUAGAAUUCUGAAAUUUAAACUGCAAUUAUUUGAGAUUGAUCCACCUCUUGAACUAGACCAAGCAAAAAAGGGGGAAAAGGAGAGAGAAAUAGAUGUUUCUUUAAUUGCUGAUUCUGAUAUUCCUGAAGCACCACAUUUUUUAAUGUACUUGAAGUUUCGUAUAUGGGCAUUGAAGGCUUUUGAGUUCUGAUUUACAAUUUAAUUUUGGAGUUUGGAACCUGGUUAGAUGGAUCAUAGAUCAUAGUUACUGCUUUUGUCCAGAGGACAUGAUGAAAGAGUGUUGGAGAAUACUCGUAAAAUUGGGACUCAAAAGAAAGUUCCGGAGAAAGAAGUACCCCAAGUCUCUGGCUUUCGACAACUUUCAGUUACAAGCAGGACAUGCAUACGGUGCUGGUCCAUCCAGUUUUGGCACAGUUGAGGCCCCUCAACAUUAUUACCAGGAAACAGUACCAUCGCAACAGAAACAAAGCAUUCUAACGGAUCCUUAUGGUUAUGGGGAAAAUUACCAACAG